AGCCGUGAGCCUGGGAGCGCAGCAGCCGCGGAGGAGGCGGCGACAGGCGGGAGCAGCGGCCGCACAGGCUCCGGGCCAGCCCAGCGCGCAUCCCCGGCGGGCGCCCUGCGCUGCAGAGAGCUCGGAGGAGCGCGGGAGCCUCGACCCAGGAGUGGACAAAGCAAGAUGGCAGGGAUCUUAGCCUGGUUCUGGAACGAGCGGUUUUGGCUUCCGCACAAUGUCACCUGGGCAGACCUGAAGAACACGGAGGAAGCCACCUUCCCGCAGGCGGAGGACCUUUACCUCGCCUUCCCCCUGGCCUUCUGCAUCUUCAUGGUGCGGCUCAUCUUCGAGAGAUUCAUAGCCAAACCAUGUGCCAUAGCCCUCAACAUCCAGGCCAGUGGACCACAAAUUGCCCAGCCAAACGCCAUUCUGGAAAAGGUCUUCACUGCUAUAACAAAGCAUCCCGAUGAGAAGCGACUGGAAGGACUCUCCAAGCAGCUGGACUGGGAUGUUCGGAGCAUUCAACGCUGGUUUCGACAAAGGCGCAACCAGGAAAAACCCAGCACCCUGACCAGGUUCUGUGAGAGCAUGUGGAGAUUUUCCUUUUACCUCUAUGUCUUCAUCUAUGGAGUCUGGUUCUUGAAACAGACUCCUUGGUUGUGGGAUACGAGACACUGCUGGUAUAACUACCCCUACCAGCCACUCACUGCUGACCUUCACUACUAUUAUCUCCUGGAGCUGUCAUUUUAUUGGUCUUUAAUGGUUUCCCAGUUCACAGAUAUCAAAAGGAAGGACUUUGGCGUUAUGUUCCUGCACCACCUUGUAAGCAUUUUCUUGAUAAGCUUUUCAUAUGUCAACAACAUGGCCCGAGCAGGGACCCUGGUCCUCUGUCUUCACGACUCAGCCGAUGCUCUGCUAGAGGCUGCCAAAAUGGCAAAUUAUGCCAAAUUUCAAAAGAUGUGUGAUCUUCUGUUUGUCAUGUUCGCCAUGGUUUUUAUCACCACGCGGCUGGGCAUAUUUCCUGUCUGGGUGUUAAAUACCACACUGUUUGAAAGUUGGGAGAUCGUCGGACCUUUCCCUUCCUGGUGGGUUUUCAACCUGCUACUGAUGCUAGUACUAGGCUUGAACUGCUUCUGGUCUUACUUGAUUGUAAAAAUAGCUUGCAAAGCUGUUUCAAAAGGCAAGGCUGGGAAGUGGAACCCUUUGCAUGUAUCCAAGGAUGACCGGAGCGAUCUUGAAUCUAGCUCAGAAGAUGAGGACUCAGAACCUGCAGGGAAGAAACCACACGCUUCGACAACCAACGGAACCAGUGGUACCAACGGAUAUCUCAUAACUGGUCCAUGUUCCAUGGAUGACUAAUUACCCAAAACUAUAAGUCUUCAACAAAGUGAACUGUUCGUUCCUGGAAGUAUUUAAUAAGUUGCAAAUGCGGUUCCUUUCAUGAUAUCUCAUCACCAGAGACAAAAAUUAGGAUUCUCAAAGCAUUCUGAAUAGUGUCCUGCCAUGUGUCCUGUCUGUGAAUGAAGAAGAAAUCCCAUUCUCUCUAUGUAGGCAUGCUGUAUGUGACUGACACAAGGAAACAGUGUUUGCAUUUGUCUCGGAAUAUUAUUUAUUUUUUUGAUUUGUUUGUAAAUCUGUGGACAGGCAAGGAUUCCCUCGCUCCUUUUACUCUGGGCUCAUGACUGACCGUGAAGGAGAUGCUCCAUCUGUUUCUACCCCUUUCUCAUGCUGUAGUCCAGUGUGCCAUGAGCAUCAGCUGACCUUAUCACUUAGACCAAGUAAAACCCCAUGAAAUAUCCUCACGCAGUUCCCGAUAGGUUGGCUUUCUUUCCAUUCUGCACCCAUUUUAUAGUUGCCCAUGUAGUUGGUGACUGUUGUCCCGUGUGAGUCUAAACAGGAUGAACCAGGCAUUUUAGCUGUCACUCUUUGUGGUCAAUUAGCAGUUCAAAUGGAGAGAGAGAGCUAGUAGGGCACUUUGGGAUUUUGUAUGAAAUUGCUUUGGAAUAGAUUUGUCUCUUUGGAAAUUGCUUUGUCUCUUAUGCACAAACUUGAGAUCUCAUUAGCGUGGUAGAUAGUUGGGAGUUGACCUUGUUGGGAACAAAGUUCCUUUGCUCUCCAGUGAGGCCAGUGGUCUGAUUCUGAAACAGUGUGGCCAGCUUAAGCUCACAGACAGGAAGGGACCCACAGACUGCGGACUUGCUCUGUGUUCUGGGAAUCACAGGAGGCUAGCAACUGACUUCCACCAGGUCUUGCCUCAGUUCCUACUCUAUUAGCACAGUCUUCCGUCCUGCCGUGUGAAAAAGAAGCUAAGAACGUUUUGAGGCAGAUAAAGAGGGAAUCUUUUAAGAGUUGGCAAAGACUAACUUCAUGUGAAGCACUUUACUGCCACCAGCUCUCGAGAGAAAGCCUCAUCUAGGAUUUGACUUGUUUUAUUUUGCUGAGAAAAAAAUAAGUCCAGUGGGAGAAAGACCAUUUACCCUUGGCCUUUCUCUUUAAAUGCAUCCCACAAUGACUUUCUCAUUGCUAGAAGCAUCAGGCUUGCACUGCAAGUUGAGUUUGUUUCAUUUACUGUUUUGAAGACUCAUGGGGACCCCUAAGGAUUUUUAUUCAAGUGGAGCUAUUUCCAGAAGAACAUCAGAACUUCUACUGGACAAUGGCAGUGACAGCCAUGAGAAAAAUUACCAAAGAGUAAGUUCAUGAGAGCAUCCCCUCCUCCCCAACCAGGGCAUUGUCACUGGUGUGUGGCUACGGCAACCACACAGGGGAGCCAAGGACUUUACCUCAUCUCAUCUUUAGUAAAAAGGGAAUCCAAUGGUAAUACAAAUACUCCUAAGUCAAACAUCACCUAAAACAGGAAUCUAAAGUAAUCAGGGCACUGAGCAGCCAACAGCAAAAUGCUGCAGUGUAUGUCUGUCCUGCCCAGAGCCAUCCACAUUUCCCUUGAUUUUUUUAAAUUAAAUCUUCAUACCCAUCCUUUGAAGCCUGUGGGUGAAUAGUUAAGAGAAGACUCCAAAGAACUCCGGCUGCAGUGUUAGAUCUUUCUCCACCCAACUACAAAGCAGUAUUUUCUGGUAUGGUCCAGAUAAUAAUUUUAAAAGCUUGGAAACAUGUCUGCUUGUUGCUGUAGAAGACAAGGCAACUGACUGUGUGUUUUGAGCCUUGCUGAUUUAUUAACCCAAACAGUUGUGUGUCUAGGAGUGAACCUUGGAAGUGUUUGAGUUUAUGAGACCAGUGAUAAGACACCAAAGUGCAUUUGUACAAAUACAGAUAGAUAGAAAACAAAGCAGUGUUGAGGAGGUGAGCCUUUUCCUGAGCUGAGCUAAGGAGCAUGCCCAUCUUGCUUAAGUGUCUGGGCCCCUCCUCCUCCUCCUCCUCCUCCUCCCAGGGGUGGCAUGAACUUGAGAGCCACAGUAUAUUUGAAUUUGAACCAAGUGACCCUUUUUUGCACAGAAGAAUUUUAAGAUCAAUUUGUACAAAUUCAGAAGAGGUAUGUAAAAAUGAAGUAAGUUGAUUCUGCCCGUAUCAAAGGCAGUUCUGAACCUGCUAGAGUUAGGGAUGUGCUUUCUGACUGACACCAGUAACUUGACCGGUUCGUCUACUGUGUCUGUAGAUUUUUGUUUCAUUUUUGCAUUCUAGAGAAAAUAGUUCCAUUUGGUGAAUUGAAAUGGUGUUUGUAGGCUUUCCCUGGAAUAGAAUAUAUCUCUGUCUGCUCUUCUCCCAUAGUGACUGGAUAAGACUAAGCACAGACACUGUGUGAGGAAUCUUGUCCACCCAUGCCCUGCCAUAGCCGUCAGAAGUGUGAUUUCUAAAUCCAGUUGUAGGUUAGUCUGAGUGGUGGUCUCAUUAAUUAUCAUAGUCUGUGGUGAUGUCCCCUUCCUCCUGGUUGCAUUCACAUUUCCCAGGGUACCAAGGUGUGUGUAGAAAGGACUCUAGAAAAAGUAACUUGAUCACCAGUGUUAUAGCUUACCUAGAUUUAGUGGGGGGAGAGUAGGAAAUCAAGUAGAAUUUGGCCUUGAGUCAAUAAAUGAUAUAGCCGUGUGUGGUUUGUGUGUGUAUACGUAUGUUCCUCCAAAAAACAAUAAAACCAAAUUAGUACUGAUUCACCUUCAUCCAUCCUGUCAUAAAGAGAUACAUUCACAUGUACUGUAGAAACUUCCCUUCUCCUUGGUUUUGCCUCCCACCUGCUGAGAGGAGCCAAACCCUUCCAGCCUCUUAUCCACAGAGCUCCCUGAGAGAGAACCCAGGCCCUGAGCACCUGCUGUCACACUUAAGCCAAAUCCAGUUCGCUCUCUCAAACUUAGUCCUGUGGACGAUGAGAGGAGAGGAGCAACCAGAAGGACAGUAUUGUGGGUCAUUCGGGUGUUCGUUGUAAAAAUGAGGGUGAUUACCAUUUAACCCCAGGGUUCGAAUGCUGCUGAAUUGCCAAACAGAGGACAUCCCCAAUCCCCCUCUGAUCAUGCCCCUGGCAUCUGACAGAGAAGAACAAGGCAGAAAAGCCAGGGAACAAGCAAGGCUAGAUCAGAUCUUUAGUUCAUCUGAUGGGUGAGUCUCCAAAUGUCAAAUUCUCAUCUGAACGCAGCCAUAUACUCAGCCACAGUGCUGCACUCCAGGAUGGGCUGCCUGUGCUCCUGUGGUCCCAAAGGCACUGAGAGGCAAUACUGUCUGCUUGUGUGUAAGUACACUCAGUGAUGCUCAUAGAAUAACAAAAUCGGCGCAGGACACGUUUCUCAGAACGUGUCCCUAUUGUUACGUGACAUACUUGGUAGAGUUUGAGUUUGAGCAAACUGAAUGCCUUCCUUCAUCUUAGAUAGAAAGGGUCUGAAUCUUCCACCUUGCAUUUAAAUCUCAUUGUUAUUUGAGCUAAGCAAAGAUGGGACUUGGUCGUAGUUUGUCUGUUAAAAAUGACUUCUUUGUGGUUUACGUAUGUCUUUGCUGACAAGCUCUUCUGAGAGAAUGUAUGAGUACCCUUGAUUAUCUCCAACCCCUUCAUCAUCUUGUAUUAGUAAUCAUUUGGGUGGAAAUUAAUGCCAAAGUUGCUUGGAUAUUUGAGUAUUUUUUUUUAUUUGAAGUGUAAAAAGUAUACAAAUUUACUCCAAAGGUGUAUGCAGGUCCAUUGAUCAUUAUGGGCAAUGAUGUCAUUAUAUCCAGAGAGGCUUCAACACCUUUGGAAAUAAAAGGUUAAGUGUUCACAUUUUAUGUGGUGUUUGUGGUCUUAAGGCUCUUACUUGCUUAUUUUCUUGUCUUUAACUUAUUUCUGCUUAGUAAAUAAGGAACUGUAGCCCUGAAAUGUUUCUAACAUCCAAAUGAGAAAAAAGUCAAGUAAGAUAAAAGUCAGCCUUAAAGGAACGUGAUCACAUGGCUCUUUCAGGUUGUUGUGUAGAAAGAAAGAAAUGGAGAGAGCCCUGUUUACUGCACUCACCUUCCAGUAUGCUGUCCCUGGCAGGAAGGAUUGCAAACAGUUCUUUUAAAAAGUGAAACAAGGCUUUUUCCAGAUGUAUUCUUUCCAAGAUCUGUUUCUCUUGCUGAGUUGAAAUUGUGCCAUUCUCCAAAUGCUAUAGACUAAUUAGCUACAUUCUACCAAUCACGUUUUAGAUCUACGAAACAAAUGGGCCAAAGGAGGACCCUGUAGUUUACCUGUGUGUACAUGGCACCAGCUCGCCCCUAGGGGGCGCCAAGCAGAUGUGAGGGAGCCCUGGUCACAGCUGUUGAAACUCCUCUAACCAAUACUUAAAGGUAGCUACUUUUCAUAAAGAAAAUUGUAUUGAAGAACAUAAAUCAUCAUAAAUAAUGGAAUCUGGAGACACCCCGAUGAGAACCUUAGCCUCUUGCAUAAUUUUGUGUCUUGAAUUUAACCAAGAGCCUUUGAAAUGAAUGCCAUUGGCAGAUGGGUCCAUGGAGGCCCCACCAACUCUAACAAAUUAAAAAGGCUCUGCCACCGGAUGACAUCUGUAUGGAACUGGGCAUUUUCAGGAUUGCCAGGAAGUGAUGAGAGGGUACUGUUAGCCUAGAGUCUGUCCUGCUUGUCUCAUUCACUUACAGUCCUUUUGGCCUCCUGGAACUCUGGUAACAGAAAGCCAAAUGCUAACAUGUCUCUGCUUUCAGUUUCCCGGUGACCCUUAGAUUGGCUCUUCCCACACCUCCUCCUCUGCCUGGUCCCAUUUUCCUGGGAGGGAAAAAAAAAAAAGCCUGUGCCCAUGUACAUGUGUUUUCUGAACCCAGGUCCAUGAAUGCUUAGCUUCCUGUAUUGUGAGUUGUCUGGGAACCAAGGUACAGCAGCAGUCAUCAUAGUUUCUAUGUUCAGUCAAAAAAAAUUGAUUUCAUUCAUAUUUCUUAUCCUUUUUGCCUACAGUAAAUGUCAUAAGCUAUCUGUAAAACUGUCCUUAAUGUGAAGAAUUUUUUUUAAAUGUUAGCUACAAAACUCUGGAAUAUAAUGUUGUGAUUCUGGAACUUCUUGCUCAAAGGUUAAUUAACAUAAAUGUGGAAAACACUCCAGUUUGAUUUCCCCUAAGCUCACAGUUUUCAUAACUCCUUCACCCAAGUCAUUUUCAGUGACCUUUAUGGCCUUUUGCUGUCAUAGAAAAGGAUGGUGGUUAAUUUGGGGAUGUGUUUCUCUUUUCCAACUUUCAGCGAGAACUAGGGUAGGUGCUGGAAGCUCUUUGUUCCCUAAAGACUGUUCAGUCCUUGAGCAUCUGUCAGAAGUGAAAUGGUGUACCAUUAGCCAAUUAGAAUUCUUCUGUGUACUGUUACCGUGUUUUGCUGAUUUUUAUAUGGAAAUAUAAUUAUUCAUUCUUGAUCUUUGGAAGUAAUCAUUAUUAUGAGGAUCAUUUUACUUUGGAAACACUUUCAUAAUAAAGAUAAGCAUUAAGAGUACA